AUGUCUACGCGACCUCGCCGCGAACCGACUCCUUCUAGCCGCCUCCUGGAGGCACGCGCGGCAGCUGUUGCAACGAGACCAAAUCCGCCUAUAUCGACGCCAACACCUUCAAGGACACUGUCUCCGACCUCAAGAGAGCUCGCGGAGCCUACCCCAGUGCCACCUAGGCUAGGACCUGCUGUGCCAGCCAGUUCAGGCGGUAGAAGACCUCGUCAAACCCUCAGGGGGAGACCUACCGCCGAGCGAUUCCAGACCUCGCGGAACUCGCAAUGGCUAUUCAAAUCACAGUUCCUUGAGGAUGAGGACGAGCUUAACUCAUCCUCAGAUCUAGAUGAGUCAAACAACGAGAUAUCUAGCCAUUCUAGCCAGAUAUUGAAGCGGCCGCGGAGUGGUGGUGUUAUUGUCGCAGAGGAAGUUGCGGAGGAUACACAUAUAUCUAUCCCACCACCUUCGCAUCAACCACAGGCCACAGAACAGCGUCAACGACAUAAAAGGACCUCAACAACAAGGCAAACAGAGUCUCCAGAUAUAGAAGCCUUUGAAAUGAGCAAGGUUUCGUUCAAAAUCAUCACAUCUGUGAUGGUUGGAAGGUCUGUUGAACUUUCCGCAGGACGAGGGUACUCAAAUGUUCGAUAUCGACAUUAUUAUACACGCCUACCAACGACGCCUGGAAACCAAGUAUCCACCUCGCCAGUUCCAUCUCAACCCUCCUGCCUUUGGCGAAGAGCUUAG